AUGAGGUUCCCCAGAGAAAAGGGUUUCAGCAGCGUGGCUGGCGAAGCCGUUUCGCAGGACUUAGGGCUAGUAGAAGUAGAUCGAGUCCCUGCCGGCCAGGGUCAGUGGGAGGCGCAGGGUCCUCGACUGACGUCGCUUAUUUUGGUGAUAGGUCGCAGAGGAUGCAUGGCGGCAUCGAGGACGUGGACCGGCAGCCGGAGUCGGGAGGGGCAAGCAGUGCAAAAGAGCCCUUUUCGGAGGAGACAAGAGAUGCGUGUGCCGGGUGCUGAUCAAAGGAAUUAA